AUGGGGUCUCAUGCCGAUUGGAGCUCCUUUAGCGGGAUUCUGACCAGCUUGCUUGAUGGAAACCCUAUCGCCAUUGUGAUUACGGCGUUCAUUGCCUUUGGUCUUCCGGUCUUACUGCAUUUCAUCUUCUAUCGUACCGUCGCGUCGCCGCCGACCAGCAACUUCUUGCUUCUCGGACCCAGCGGGGCCGGAAAGACAGCUCUCCUCACCUUGCUUGAAUCGAAAGGGUCUCCUGCCGCGAAGAAGUCUACGCUGACGCAUACAUCCCAAACCUCCACCCUUUCCACCGUCCGACUCCCCCCAACCGUACCGACCGCUUCCAAUCGGUACCGCUCAGUCAACGACUCGUCUCUGCAGGAUAUCUCGCGGAACCCCGUCAAAUAUUGUGUGAAGGAUACCCCCGGCCAUGGCAAGCUGCGAGAAUCGCAGGGAACAGCCCAGCUUGUUUCCAUGUCCACCACCAAUGACGCACGGUCCAAGGUUCGCGGCGUCCUGUUUGUGGUCGACACCGCCGCUCUCGCCGAACCUGAUGUGUUGCGGGACACGGCGUCCUACCUCUACGACGUUCUCUUGAUACUUCAGCGCCGUGCGCUGAAAAAGGGCAAGUCGUCGAUGAAAGCGGCCGCGGAAAUCCCCGUGCUGGUGGCCGCCAACAAACAAGACCUCUUCACCGCUCUCCCGCCGGGCUCCGUGCGCGAGAAGCUGGAGGCGGAGCUGGAUCGUAUCCGCAAGUCCAAGAGCAAGGGGCUGCUCGAUGCGAGCGCGGACUCGGGUCUGAGCGAUGGCGACGACGACAUUUUGGGUAGCAGUGACCCGCAGGAUGCGUUCAGCUUCCGGCUCUUGGAGGAGGAGAUUGGAGUGAAAGUCGACGUUGUCGGUGGCGCGGUCAAGGGAGACGAGGAGGGCAACAUCGGGGCUGGUGUGAGAAAAUGGGAAGAAUGGAUUGGCCAGUGUCUAUGA